ACAGCACCCAAUGUUGAACUAAAAGCAUCAGACUUGAGUCUCUCAGCGCCCAAACUUGAGGGAGACAUUGGUACUCCAGGCAUUGAUGCUGGUCUCAAAACUGGCAUUGAUCCCAACGUGAAUGUUGGUUUGCCUGAAACUGAUAUCAAGGCACCCAGUCUACAUCUGCCAAAAGCUGACCUCCAGUCAUCUGAUCUCAGCUUGAAAACACCAAAUGUCAACCUUUAUCCACCAAAAAUUGGUGGUAGUCUCUCAGCACCAAACAUAGACACGAGUAUGCCAAAAAUUGAACUAGAAGCACCCAAUGCCAAUGUGAAAUCUCCAGGUUUGGAUGUCAACCUGCCAGAAGCAGACCUCAAAGAUUCCAAUAUCCAGUUGAAAACUCCAGAUCUGGAUUUGAAUACCCACCUUGGUGACUUUAAAAUGCCACAUUACAAUCAUCCAAAACUUGAUCUUUCAAGUCCUGAAGUAGAAGCUCCCAGUAUUAAUCCCACAGUUGAGGCUGGAAUUAAGGUACCUGGAGUCAGCACAGAUAUGCCUACAACAGAUGCACACAUCUCUGUUCCUGCAGUAGAUUUGAAUGCACCAAAUGUAGGUGAUAUUAAAGGACCUGAUGUAGAUGUGAAAGCUCCAGAUGUAGAUGCAAGUCUUGAGAAGCCCAAGAUGCCACAUUUCAAGAUCCCAAAGUUUAGUCUUUUUGGAUCUAAAGCAAAAUCUCCUGAGACUAAUGCCAGUGCAGAUCUUGAGGGGAGUGGCUCUGACUCUGAUGUGGGGGAGGUGGAGGUUCCUGUAUUCAAGUUCCACAGACUGCCCCAAAUCAACAUUGAUGGCAUUGGAGGAAUUACUGAAGCACUGAGCUCAAUAAAAUCUGACUUGGAGGAGAAGGAUUUUGUUUUCAGUAAAGGAAUCCGCUUGCCAGUAGUGAAUGCAACAGCAAAAGAAGGAGAAAAGAUUGACAUUUUGGAGAGAUUGAAAAUCGCAAGAGAAAAGGCGUCCUCAGUGAAUGUGUCGCCAACAGAAGAGAAAACUGAUAUUGACCUACAACACACUGGCGCAGGUCUUGAUGCUAAUACAUCUACCGGUGCAGGAGAUGCGUCUUUGGUCAGAGGAGGCACUUUCAAAGUAGACAAACCAGAGUCUACGCUGGGGCUGACCGUACCUGAUAUUUCUACAUCAGAUGAAAAUGACAAAUAUGCACUGAGCCUUUCUAAUAUGCUUGGCCUUAAUGUCAAGGAUUCUGAUGCCAACUGAUCGUUCAAAGGUUGGCCUGAUAACUGAAGCUCCAGUCCAUAAAUGUAUGAAUACAUGCAGCGUAACUGAUUUUCAUGUUUUAGUUUGUGAUAUAAAGAGAGACUAGCUGUAACUAAUCCAUCUUGUUGUAAUUUUAAUAAUAAUUUAGCGUAAUAGAGUUCAGUUGUUGAUACAAUCUAUGUAUAUUUUCCUGUUAUUUAUAAGCUUUUUCUAAAUGUUAAUUUGAAAUUACUUUACUUUCAGUAUUGCUUGUGAUCACCAUAAACUUUGUCUAGCAAGUGCUUUACUAAAUAUUUUAAAGGAUAAAUGAAUUGUGUGAAUGUGUUACUCUUCGUUCAAUAAAUCAUUACAAUGUCCAAAAUAAAAAUGUCCAGUAAUUAAAGCCA